AUACCUCGGUUUUGUCUUGCGACUUACAGCAGGGAGAACCAUUGCGAAAUCGAACGGCGGCGACGGAACAAGAUGACCGCCUACAUCACCGAGCUCUCCGAUAUGGUGCCGACCUGUUCAGCCCUGGCCCGGAAACCCGACAAGCUCACGAUCUUGAGGAUGGCGGUGGCGCACAUGAAAGCUCUCAGAGGGACCGGAAAUACCGCUACCGACAACGCCUACAAGCCUUCCUUUCUCACGGAUCAAGAGCUGAAGCAUUUGAUCCUCGAAGCGGCCGAUGGUUUCCUCUUCGUCGUGAGCUGCGACACAGGCAGGAUCAUCUACGUGUCCGACUCGGUCGCGCCCGUGUUGAACUACACCCAGAGCGAUUGGUACGGCACCAGCCUCUAUACGCAGGUUCAUCCGGACGACACCGAGAAGGUGCGGGAGCAGCUCAGCGCGGCGGAACCGCAACACGGCGGCCGAGUACUAGAUCUCAAAACAGGAACGGUGAAAAAGGAGGGCCAGUCUUCGAUGCGACUAUGCAUGGGUUCGAGAAGAGGUUUCAUUUGCCGCAUGAAGGUCGGCAACCUGCAGACGACGGGCGACAUGGCUGCAGCGCACGGGCUGCACCGUAUGAAGCAGAGGAACUCCCUGGGUCCGCCGGCGCGGGACGGUCAAAAUUACGCGGUGGUGCAUUGCACCGGUUACAUCAAGAAUUGGCCACCCACCGGUGUGGGUCUAGGUGACAGAGGAGGUGUUCAGACUGGUCCAGACGGUGUAGUCACGGACGAGAAUGCCACCACGCAUUGCUGCCUUGUCGCCAUUGGGCGAUUACAGGUCACUAGCACACCAAAUAGUAGCGACUUAGCAGGUUCUAAUAGCAAUAACGAAUUUAUAUCACGUCACUCUGCGGAAGGUAAAUUUACCUUCGUGGACCAAAGAGUCGGUGGAAUUUUGGGUUACACUCCAUCAGAACUCUUAGGUCAUCCCUGCUACGAAUUCUUUCAUCCAGAAGAUAACAACAUGCGAGAAAGUUUUGAACAAGUGUUGAAGCUGAAGGGGCAAGUCGUAACUGUCAUGUACAGAUUUCGAGCCAAGAAUCGCGACUGGGUGUGGUUAAGGACAUCGGCAUUUGCGUUUUUAAAUCCAUUCAACGAGGACGUCGAAUAUAUCGUUUGUACAAACACGCUUGCAAAAUCAUUUCCAAGUAACGACGGUCCAACGGAGAGCGAAGCUGUACCUGCAUAUGGACAACCUGGUCUAGAUUAUUCCCUGCAGAGACAUCCUGCUAGAGAUUCGCUGUAUUCCGCGCAUCAUAUGAUGCAGCAUCCAGCAACUGUAGCUACAGCCAGCCCACAACAACCGAGGCCGUCCAGCACGCAGAAUGUUUAUCAAAGCUAUGAGACGACACAAUCGCCAAUAGCUUAUGGAUCACCCGGACAGCAAAGCGCGUCCUCGUCGGUUCUAAGUAGGAUUCAGAAACCGACUAAUACAUCGCCAACUCCGCAAGCGUGGGCGAUUGGUAGACAGCAACCUGUGACAGAAGGCUAUCAGUACAGUCAAUUAACAUCGAGGUCACCGAGCGGGCCAACAUAUACGCAGCUCAGUAGCGGCGCUAGGACACCGGCUACGCAGCAAUAUCAUGCAGUCACAACAGUGCCUAAUAAUCCUGGUAUGUGGGGUUGGCAAAAUCAACAGCAUCAGACGCCGCAGCCGGACGGACAAACUGGCGCUCAGGUGGCCGCGCAAGCGCAACCACCGCAUCCUGGACAGGCCGGACCUGGUACACAGCCGCAAGAACUGUCUGACAUGCUGCAGAUGUUACAGGAUCAGGGCGGCUCGUCCGGCUUCGAAGAGCUGAACAUGUUCAAUACCAACUUCGAGUAGCAACGAGAAAGGCGACACGCCUUUGAGAAGCAGCUUCUACUUUAGAGAAAUUAUUUCUCGGGACUUUCUCCGACCGG